AAUUUGACUAUCGCUCUGUACAAAGAGCUGUAUAAUUGUUUAUAAAUAGAAAAUUGCCGUCUCGAUUUUUCCUAUAUACAUUCCUCUUCUUUUCUUGUUUUUCUUGUACAAUUUCUCUCCAAAUUUUCUGGCUCUCGAAAAACAGGAGAAAUUAUGGGUACCACACUUCAUCAAGACUCUCCUCCUAAACAAACUGAUCAAGAAACAAUAGCUAGACAAAAGGCAAUUGAUGACUGGCUUCCAAUUACAUCAUCAAGAAAUGCAAAAUGGUGGUAUUCAGCUUUUCACAAUGUCACUGCUAUGGUCGGAGCUGGUGUCCUCAGUCUUCCUUAUGCCAUGUCAGAGCUUGGAUGGGGUCCUGGUGUUGCAGUGUUAGUCCUGUCAUGGGUUAUAACACUAUACACACUAUGGCAAAUGGUUGAGAUGCAUGAGAUGGUUCCAGGAAAAAGGUUUGAUAGGUAUCAUGAGCUUGGCCAACAUGCCUUCGGCGAAAAGCUUGGUCUCUACAUAGUGGUGCCUCAACAAUUAGUUGUUGAAGUUGGUGUCUGCAUUGUCUACAUGGUUACUGGCGGCAAAUCAUUGAAGAAAUUCCAUGAUCUUGUGUGCCCUGAUUGCAAACAAAUCAAACAAACUUACUUCAUUAUGAUUUUCGCCACCGUUCACUUCGUACUCUCUCAUCUUCCUAACUUCAAUUCCAUUGCUGGUGUCUCUUUGGCUGCUGCUGUCAUGUCUUUGAGUUACUCUACCAUAGCAUGGGCAGGAGCAUUGCAUAAGGGUGUUCAGCCAGAUGUGGAAUAUGGCUACAAAUCAAAAAGCGCUGUAGGAACAAUGUUUAACUUCUUUAGUGCUUUGGGUGAUGUUGCUUUUGCCUAUGCUGGUCACAAUGUAGUUCUUGAGAUUCAAGCUACAAUCCCAUCCACACCGGAAGUACCAUCGAAAGUGCCUAUGUGGAAAGGAGUCAUCGUUGCCUAUAUCGUCGUGGCAUUGUGCUACUUCCCUGUUGCUUUAAUCGGAUAUUAUGUGUACGGAAAUGCAAUUGAAGACAACAUCCUUAUCUCUCUCAAUAAGCCAGCUUGGCUCAUUGCUAUGGCUAACAUGUUUGUUGUGGUUCAUGUCAUUGGAAGCUACCAGAUUUACGCAAUGCCGGUUUUUGACAUGAUGGAAACUUUAUUGGUGAAGAAAUUGAACUUCAAGCCAAGUAUAAUUCUUCGUUUCGUCGUUCGAAACUUAUAUGUUGCUUUUACUAUGUUUGUUGCCAUUACAUUCCCUUUCUUUGGUGGACUACUUGGAUUCUUCGGUGGAUUUGCUUUCGCCCCAACAACAUAUUUCUUGCCCUGCAUUAUGUGGCUGUCCAUCUACAAACCAAGGAAGUUCGGAUUAUCUUGGUGGACUAACUGGAUCUGCAUUGUAAUUGGUGUUCUUUUGAUGAUUGUAUCCCCCAUUGGAGCAUUGAGGUCAAUCAUACUUCAAGCCAAGGACUACAAAUUCUACUCAUAGAUCAUCCAACCCAACAAGUAUGAUGCAGAUUGCUACAAAAAGGCCGAUGCUUCACCAAAUGAUGCGGGUUGUCUUGAUUACGAACAAAGCGGAUAGAACACUGGCAAUCUGUUUUCAGAGUGUAUACAGAAACGAUGACUGCAGAACUAUCGAAUUGCGGUUUCUUAUAGGGUUUUUAAAGUGUUUCUUCUUUCUUUGUUGAACCAGUUGCAUAUAUUGUCCCCUUUUCUUUCGUUAUUUGUUUUAGUUAAAAGGAUUUGGCAAUUUAAGUUUGUUAGGACAAAUACAAUAUGUUUUCUGAUAAAUGUGCAUAUAUUCAGGAUGUGCUUCAGAAAAAGGUGUGUACAAGAGAAAUUCUAUAGUAUAUACAUAUAGUAUUUGCUCAAA